GGGUGGGCUCAGUAAAGGAGGAGGGUUGCUCCAGUGAGACAGGAGAGUGGAAGGGGUGAUGGGUUACCACAGUGAUCGGCAGCAGCACACAGCUGCAAUGACGACUGCGAAGGCAGGUGCUCAAGAUGAAGUUUUGAUGAGCAUCCAUGAUGUCCGCUUCAGAUCCCGACUUCUUCAGCUCUUGAUCCAGACCCAUCUCCCCAGAGAUGGCAAGCUGCCGGUGACGCCACAGCACCUGCCUUCGGCGGUCGAGAUGCUGACCAGACAUCACUUGUUGGCAGAGCCGGGGACAAACGGUGGCCUUGGAUCUGUGCGCACGGGAGGUCCUGCGGUUUUCACUGGGAAUGGCAAGCUGGACGGGUGUGCGGGCAAUGGUACUGCGUCGCGGAAGCUCGCUGUUGAUACAUGGACUGACCGCCUUGCGUCUUUAAUUGCUAGCCCUGUUGUCGAGAACAGAGCAAUUGGAGCUUGCCUGCUAGGCCUCACCUGCAAAGAGUGUUUGCUGUCACGGUUCCGUGAGUGCUACAGUGGUUGGUUCUCAACGCUUCUGACAAUGUUGAAGUCUAUUGAACCUUCUUUUGUCAGAGCUGCAGCCUGUGCUGCCCUCAGCGAUCUGCUUGUCAGGUUGGGUUCCCUCAUUGACUGCCCGGGAGUAAGGAGGGACGGUUCAGCGCUGGUGUCAAAACUGACCGUUCCACUCUUGCAACUGCUGAGGGAUGUGCAGUUGCGUGGAAUUUGGUCCGAGGGGGUUGAUCUGAUAUGCCCUGUCCUGAGGACUUUCCCGCUUUGUCUUCGCAGCAGCUUUGAAAAAGUGGAAGCGGUGCUUGUGAUGAUGUUGAUGAACACUGGCUGCAAGAACUCGCUGAGGCAGAGGUGUGCAGAAGGGCUUGCCUUGCUGCCUCUUGCAGUCGGAGACUCUAACACGUGGAGCCUUCUGAUUCGAAGAGUUCUUGUGGCCAUCAACAGUGAACUUGAUGUGGCGUUUGCCGGGUUGGAGGAUCCGGGAUCAACGGAGGUGGCUAUGGCGGAACUGCUUCCAUGUCAGCAAGAGAUAUUGCCGCUUGGCGGCCCAUCGGUUGCAGCUGAGGCAGCAGCAUUUGGUGACGGAGAGACUCCUUUUUGGCGGAGUUUUGUGCCACGCGUCUCCGCCCUGUUUCACACCUUGGAGUUCAUGCUUACCAAUCCCUACCCCUCACCCGUUCCUAUGCCUCUGAGGCCAUUGCUUGGGCUGAUAAUGAGGGUUCUUGCAGUCGAUGGCUCACGUCCUGUGGGCACGUCAUCACUUGGCGGCCAGGCCAGCCUCAGUCAGCAAGCAUCGCUUUGCUCAGAGUUGCCUGUCCUCCAUGCAGGGGCUUUGAAUCUUCUGUCUGCUACUCUCAAAGGUGCUCGAAGACAAUUGUUGCCGGUUGCAGGUGAGAUUGCGAGACUGAUGUCCGACUGUCUCCGCAGAUCAGCGACUCUGCCGGAUGACAAGAGAAGCACUGUGUUCACGUUCAAAAUCCACUUGUACAAUGUCAUAACGGAGUUUCUGUAUGCAACGGGUGCAGGGGGGAUGGUUUUGUCGCUUGCUCCUGUUUUAGUUGGCAUUGCUGUCUCAGACUUGCGAGGACCGGGGAGAGGAGGAGGAGGAGCUGGUGGUGGAAUGAUGAAGUCCUAUUCGCACGACCAGUAUAAGGGCAACCAACUCCUCCGGCAAGGGCCUGCUGGUGUUUCUUUUCCUUCAAGACAAGCUCCUUUGGUCGGCAACACAUCAGCUUCGGGGGUUGCCUCGAGCCAGCACAGUUCGAUGGGUGUGUCCAUGCCGCAGCCAAAUCUUCAAUCUGGCGGAGGGAUCGGACUUAACGGUCACCACAGUCAGGCAUCGGCAUCCACUAUGCGGAAGAGGAAAGAACCGAGUGGAACCGUGCUAUCAGAUGAACAACUGUCAGCUCUUGUAGGGGCCAGUAUUCUUUUUUCUGAGGAAGGGGGAGUGUCUACAGAUUCGCUUAUGUUUGCGAUGUACAUCGCGGUGUUGGAAGUUCUCGAAGCACUUUUGACAGUGGGGGGAUCGAUGCUCCCAGAGAGGUGGCGGGCGGAGGUGGAUGCUGUGAUCAUCAAUGUGGCUAUGGCGGUUUGUCACAAUGCAGACGUCAGUGUAGAUGGUGCCGGAGGAGUGGGAGGUACUGCUGAAGGAGCGUUGGGAGGGGUCAAAACGGUCACACACAGCCUCCAGAUUGCAGCAUGCAAGGCACUCUUGGCGUCGGUGCUUGCACCUCACUGUCACAGACCACCGUUCCUUCCUCAGGCAUUAUCUAUUUUCAGACGAUGUCGCCACGAGGCAGGGACGGAGCUGAGCCAGUUCUGCACCCAUGCGCUGCUUGCUUGCGAACCACUCCAUCCGCGAGCUCUGCCAUAUCCCGUCACAACCUCGCCCAUUUCGAGUGCACCUGUAGGGCAUGGAAAAGGGUUCAUGGCCCUGAACAACAAUCUGGCAGCGAAUAAAAUGAAUACUGCUAACUUCAACAGAGCAGUUUCAGGCAACGCGGCCGCGUCAGAUCGAUGGACCGACAGCCAACAUCAUUCGGGCAGUGGCGACCCAUGGGAAGAUUUAGAUUCAUGGUUGGGGUGUGCGGACUAUGCCAGCGACAUGGAACGGGCUGAAUUUGGGUCCGGGUUUGAUCUCAUGGAUAUAAAUGGUGCCAUGAUGCAGAAUAGUGACGCUCUGCUCGGUAAGGCGGGUGGAGGGGACCUCAAAACAGCUGCAGCGUUUGGAUAUGGCGGUGCAAACCAGCGAGGUGGCAGUGAGGUGGGAAUGAGAGGCACUGACCAGGUCAGCAGAGGUCUCGCUGCUAUGGCUUGUAGCCCUCCCCCCAUCUAUGCCGUUCGCCUUGCAGCAGCUGGUGACAGCAAGGACAUUGUAAUGCCUGAUGUAGGCACUACAUCACAAAGGGGCCGCAAGUCGGGAGAACUGCUUAUGAAAACUUCCACCUCCUACAGCACUGUACCGAUGGCAAUAGCGAACGGGACAUCGCCGGGCAACGAUGAACUGAUGAACAGAGUGACGGGAGGGAGGAUGGUAGAUCAGGCAGGGGCUGAACCCAAUCUGCCCACAGAGAAGUUGGGAACCAGGUUACAGACAGCAGGUACAACAGGCACAGCAGCAACCACGGGUGGCAGUGAUGCUGGCAUGAGGGAUUUGUAUCAGAUAAUGGAUGUUGAACCGUCAGCGGGGGGUGGCGGUGGAGAAGGGGGGGGGGGAGUCGAGAGGUUGUUCUACAGCCAGAGGAGGACCUGGUUCUGUAGCCCUGCCGGUUUGCCCAUGCGUCUGGGUGUGGAUCCAAACUCGGGAACUUGCGAACUGAACUGGAGUAGAGGAUCAUCAGGAACUGACAAGACCCCGCCUUUGGUCUCAUCGUCUCCCUCCAACAUCAAAUUACAAGGGGAUGAAAUCGGUCGAGUGGUUUCGGUCGGAGAUGGACUUAUGACUUCUGUGUCUGCAUCGCCCCACACUGCUGCUGUGGCUUCAGACGAUGCCUCCAUCCCUGUUGUAGAGCGCACUAGCCCCGGCUCUGCUGAAAUACCUUCUACUGCAGCAACUGACGUACCUGGUACCGGCACAUUAUCAUCAAAGCAGAGUCCGCAGACUAAAGACUGGCAGCCACAACUGCGUUCGUCUUAUCAGAAGGCUGUGGCUACUGGAGGAAUCCAACAUGUUCUAGAUGAUCAUUCUGAUGGACAGCUACCGGACAUUGUUGACGGUGAUCCUGAUGAAAAUAUGGAAUGAGCGACGGAGAGGAGAUUUGUUAUAUGUCUUAUGACUAUCCCAGGCCUCCUUUUGUUGGGCAGGUUGUCUAUCGCAUUGAGUGAAUCACCUGACAUUGGCAAUCUGUCUACCGCAUUGUCUGAGCCUCAUCACGAUGCGUCCCUUUGUUUUAGCUGUGAUAAACUCCCUGUUUGGGUUGUCGGUUGCUAAGCGGUUGAUUGCCCCUACUGGUAUUCUGGCAGUUCUGAUGUCAGCAGUUUGUCUACUGCAUUUUGUGAAGAAAUUGUCGUCGGCAAUUUGUCUAUUCAAUUCUUUUGGGCGACCUGACGAUGCGCCCCUUUUGUUUCAGUGGCGAGAAACCCCCAAUUUGGUUGUCGGUUUGCUACCGUUUCCACACUUUAGAUUGUACAAGGCCAACCGUUGAAUCCGGUCACUGCACUCGUUACGUGCUUCUGCUAGGUUCUGUGGCACUGAAUUACUCGUUCCACUCGCUGGUCUGUCUGGUCGCUUGAUGGUCCAGAGCAGCAGCUUUAUAGGGUUUUGUUAUUGGAUCCUGGCAUUCAGGGCCCGCUAAUUGGGCCCACUCAGCACUUCGGCUGGUGGUUGGCGCAUCAUUUUUGUAGGGAUUGUCAGUCCCGUGGUCCCGUCAGCAUUUCUGCUGGUAGAUGGUUUAGAAUUAACUUACAUCUACAGACAGUUCCUUGAGCGGUUUUAUGUCAAUAAGGGGCUGUUUAGUAGAAAUGAAUCCAGGGGUCAGUA